GCCAAAGAGGGCGGCGGCGGCAGCAGCGGGCUGGUGGCGGGUUAGCCUCCCUCCAGUGCACUUGGCGCCACCGGCCCACGCUGCAGUGUGUUCCGUGGACGGCACCUUCCCAGACAGCACGGCAGAGCCCAGCUUGGCGCCCCCAGCCUUGGACGCGAUGUUCCGCCGGAGCUUUAAUCGCUUUUGUGCUGGAGAAGAGAAGCGAGUUGGUACACGCACAGUGUUUGUUGGCAAUCAUCCAGAUUCAGCAGCAGAAGUUUACAUUACACAAAGGUUUUGUGAUAAUAGGAUAGUCUCAUCUAAGUAUACACUUUGGAAUUUCCUCCCAAAGAACCUGUUUGAACAGUUUAGAAGAAUUGCAAAUUUUUAUUUUCUCAUCAUUUUCCUUGUACAGGUCAUAGUAGAUACACCAACUAGCCCAGUUACCAGUGGACUUCCACUUUUCUUUGUUAUAACUGUUACGGCCAUCAAGCAGGGAUAUGAAGAUUGGCUGAGACACAGAGCUGACAAUGAAGUCAACAAGAAAACUGUUUACAUUAUUGAAAAUGCAAAGCGAGUUAGAAAAGAGAGUGAAAAAAUCAAGGUCGGUGACGUAGUAGAAGUCCAAGCAGAUGAAACCUUUCCCUGUGAUCUUAUCCUUCUGUCUUCCUGCACUAGUGAUGGAACCUGUUAUGUUACUACAGCCAGUCUUGAUGGGGAAUCCAAUUGCAAGACACAUUAUGCAGUACGUGAUACCAUUGGACUGUGGACAGCUGAAUCCAUUGACACCCUCCGAGCAGCCAUUGAAUGUGAACAGCCUCAACCUGAUCUCUACAAAUUUGUUGGGCGAAUCAAUAUCUAUAGUAAUAGUAUUGAGGCUGUUGCGAGGUCUUUGGGACCUGAAAAUCUCUUGUUGAAAGGAGCUACACUGAAAAAUACCAAGAGGAUAUAUGGAGUUGCUGUUUACACUGGAAUGGAAACCAAAAUGGCUUUGAACUACCAAGGGAAAUCUCAGAAACGUUCUGCUGUUGAAAAGUCCAUUAAUGCCUUCUUGAUUGUGUAUUUAUUUAUCUUACUGGCCAAAGCUGCAGUAUGCACUACUCUAAAGUAUGUUUGGCAGAGUACCCCAUAUAAUGAUGAACCGUGGUAUAACCAAAAGACCCAGAAAGAACGGGAUACUUUGAAGGUUUUGAAAAUGUUCACCGACUUCCUAUCAUUUAUGGUUCUGUUCAACUUUAUCAUUCCUGUCUCCAUGUAUGUCACAGUAGAAAUGCAGAAAUUCUUGGGCUCCUUCUUCAUUUCAUGGGAUAAGGACUUUUAUGAUGAAGAAAUUAAUGAAGGAGCCCUGGUUAACACAUCAGACCUUAAUGAAGAACUUGGUCAGGUGGACUAUAUAUUUACAGAUAAAACUGGAACACUCACUGAAAACAGCAUGGAAUUCAUUGAGUGCUGCAUAGAUGGGCACAAAUAUGAAGGUGUAACUCACGAUACUGAUGGACUCUCUCAAACUGAUGGACCCUUAACAUAUUUUGACAAAGCAGAUAAGAAUCGAGAAGAGCUCUUUCUCCGUGCCUUGUGUUUGUGCCAUACUGUAGAAAUUAAAACAAAUGAUGCUGUUGAUGGAGCUACAGAAGCAGCUGAAUUAACCUAUAUGUCCUCUUCACCAGAUGAGAUAGCUUUGGUGAAAGGAGCUACAAAGUAUGGGUUCACAUUUUUAGGAAUUCAGAAUGGCCAUAUGAGAGUAGAGAACCAAAGAAAAGAAAUAGAAGAGUAUGAACUUCUUCACACCUUAAACUUUGAUUCUGUCCGCCGUCGUAUGAGUGUCAUUGUGAAGACUCAAGCAGGAGAUAUACUUCUCUUUUGUAAAGGAGCAGACUCAGCAGUUUUCCCCAGGGUGCAAAAUCAUGAAAUUGAGCCAACUAAAGUCCAUGUGGAACGAAAUGCAGUGGAUGGGUAUCGGACACUUUGUGUAGCCUUCAAAGAAAUUGCUCCAGAUGAUUAUGAAAGAAUUGACAGACAGCUCACGGAGGCGAAAAUGGCCUUACAAGACAGAGAAGAAAAAAUGGAAAAGACUUUUGAUGAUAUUGAGAGAAACAUGAAUUUAAUUGGAGCCACUGCAGUAGAAGACAAGCUACAAGAUCAAGCAGCUGAGACCAUUGAAGCUCUGCAUGCAGCAGGUCUGAAAGUCUGGGUGCUUACUGGGGAUAAGAUGGAGACAGCCAAAUCCACCUGCUAUGCCUGCCGCCUUUUCCAAACCAGCACUGAGCUCUUGGAACUGACCACAAAAACCAUUGAAGAAAGUGAAAGGAAAGAAGACCGAUUACAUGAAUUGUUGAGAGACUAUCAUAAGAAGUUGGUGCAUGAAUUUCCUAAAAGUACUAGAAGCCUUAAAAAAGCAUGGACAGAACAUCAGGAGUACGGAUUGAUCAUUGAUGGUUCCACAUUGUCACUCAUAUUAAAUUCUAGUCAAGACUCCGGUUCUAACUACAAAAGCAUUUUCCUGCAGAUUUGUAUGAAGUGCACUGCAGUGCUCUGCUGCCGAAUGGCACCAUUACAAAAAGCACAGAUUGUCAGAAUGGUGAAGAAUUUAAAAGGCAGCCCAAUAACACUGUCGAUAGGUGAUGGUGCCAAUGAUGUUAGUAUGAUCUUGGAGUCCCAUGUGGGAAUAGGUAUUAAAGGCAAAGAAGGUCGCCAAGCAGCCAGGAAUAGUGAUUAUUCUGUUCCAAAGUUUAAACAUUUAAAGAAACUGCUAUUGGCUCAUGGACAUCUGUAUUAUGUGAGAAUAGCACACCUUGUACAAUAUUUCUUCUAUAAGAACCUUUGUUUCAUUUUGCCACAAUUUUUGUACCAGUUCUUCUGCGGAUUCUCACAACAGCCACUAUAUGAUGCUGCUUACCUUACAAUGUACAAUAUCUGCUUCACAUCCUUGCCCAUCCUGGCCUAUAGUCUACUGGAACAACAUAUCAACAUUGACACUCUGACCUCAGAUCCCCGGUUGUAUAUGAAAAUUUCUGGCAAUGCCAUGCUACAGUUGGGCCCCUUCUUAUAUUGGACGUUACUGGCCGUAUUUGAAGGGACAGUGUUCUUCUUUGGGACUUAUUUUCUUUUUCAGACUUCAUCCCUAGAAGAAAAUGCAAAGGUCUAUGGAAACUGGACUUUUGGAACCAUUGUUUUUACAGUCUUAGUAUUCACUGUAACUCUGAAGCUUGCCUUGGAUACUCAUUUCUGGACGUGGAUAAAUCACUUUGUGAUUUGGGGUUCUUUAGCCUUUUAUGUAUUUUUCUCAUUCUUCUGGGGAGGAAUUAUUUGGCCUUUUCUCAAACAACAGAGAAUGUAUUUUGUAUUUGCUCAAAUGCUGUCUUCUGUAUCCACAUGGUUGGCCAUAGUUCUUCUAAUAUUUAUCAGCCUUUUCCCUGAGAUUCUCCUGAUAGUAUUAAAGAAUGUAAGAAGAAGAAGCACCAGGAGAAAUCUGAGCCGUAAAAAGGCAUCUGACUCAUUAUCCGCCAGACCUUCAGUCAGACCACUUCUUUUACGAACAUUCUCAGACGAAUCUAAUAUAUUGUAACAGAAUCAGAAUCUUGAACUACCUAUGUUAUUGUCCUACAAGCAUAUUGACAAUGGUUACAGCUAAGAAAGAAAGCAUGAAGAAACAACUACAAAAAGUUACCAUCUCAGGAUACUCGAUAUGCAGCAAACUAAACCAGUCUCUUAUGUCUAGAGUUCAGAAUAAAUGUCCAUUAAAAUACCAAAUGACUAUCAUAAUCAUUUACAGUUAUUGUAAGUAGCCAUUAUGGCCAAAGCUCUAAGUUAUGAAUUAUAUGAAAGUUGAAAGUAUGAAUAUUUAGAAUUUCUGGCUUUAAAUAGAAUAAUAUAACUUACCAAAUGGGUGCUCUUUUAACCCAUGAAAUUUGUAAAUGGAUUUUAAUACAAUAGUAUAAAAUAGAAGUCAUGCAAUGGGAAUGAAUAGAUUUUGCUAAUAUUUCCUUUUUUGCCUGGCGGAAGAAAUUGGCUGUUUGGAUCACAUUUCUUGUUCCUGCUGAAUGAUAAUCUUAAAUUAUUUUUUCAACUUACACAAGGAAUACUUGAAAAUAUAAGAAGGCUAAAUGAUGAUAUCAAUGCAUCACGUAGAAUAAUUAAUCCUUUCUGUUUACCCACAUGCUAAGUUUGUCUGGAUGGAAUAUCUUUGCCAGAAAAAUACCUUGAACACUUACGUGGAAAUAAUGUUAAUUCUGGAUGUUUUUGUGAGAAUCCAAAAAAUGUAUUUUAUUUUCAUUCUUCUGAAUAAACCCCAUUUAAUGGGUGUGUGGCUACUAGAUUUGCAAAUAAAACAUUUCAAUCACUUAGUAACCCCUGGAAAUAGUUAUAACAGAUUUUUCCCACAUUACUUGCACUGGGAUGAGGUAAGGUAAGCAAAACCAUUGUUACAUAAAAGUGAAGGUCAUUCUGAACAUCAGUCUUUCAUGACUUUUUGUAGGGAGAAUGUAAGUAGCCCCUUUCAGACUUAAUUUCAGGUUUUAAUUUGAAAGAGGCUACAUUUGUGCAUAUGUUCAGGACUGUUUUGCGUUGCCAAUUUGGGAGGGAAGAAUCCAUCCCAAGACGGUGGGUUUCAGCCUGCAGAGCCAUAAUUCUAGACACAAAUGUUGUCUCUCUUAGCAAACUUGGCUGGGUAGUGGUCUAAUUCUAAACCGUGAGGUUCACCUUGGGAAAGUCCUUGACUUACUGGACUAGAAGGAGGUUUUAGCCUCUUAAUGAGUUCACUUAAAUCAUAAAAAUAAAUGUGAAAUGUCAUUAUUACAUGUUAACAUUAAAAGUACUUUUUUGGGGAUAUCAGUGACAUUUGACUACUAGAUUGAAAUGGUCUUUUAAAAAGUGUUUUCGUACCAGUUUCCAUUUUUGGUUGCCUCUACUGUUACUAGUGUUUAUAUUGUACCUUUUUGGAAAAGUAUUAGGUUCAGUCUGUACCACUAUCUUUAUAUAGUCCAUAUGGCACAUUUGAUUCUUCCAUAUGUAGUUUGUAUUAAUGUUUAGGGGUAACUUUUCUUAAAUUUUAGGAGGACAUAAUUACACUUAAUCAGAACCAUUUCAUCAUUACUGACCCAUUUUCAUUAUUGCAUUUGUUCUCAUCUCUCAGUAUUAUUUUUGAGUAUUUUGUUUGGUGUCAUUCACACCUUACCUAAGUAUUCUGUGCUCUGGUAGCCUGUAUCUGAGGCAGGGUGCUGACAACAAAGUCUAUAUAUUCUUUGCCUAUUCCAAAGAGCUAAAAAGAGAGACCCAAGAAAGCUUUUGCUGUUUUCUUGUUCUUGUUCUUGUUUUUAUUGUUGUCGCUGUAUUGUUACUGUUUUAUGUAAGAACUAUAGGGACUGUGAAUACAAAUGAGAGAGCCACAGUGGAUAAAGAAGGUUGUUUAAUGCAGAGCCAUUGGAGAUUUGACAUAAUCAGAAUAUCCAUGGGAGUGGAACUAUAACUGGUAGCAUUUAAAAUUUCUUGCAGCCGGCAAGAAAGAUGAGUAAGGGGGAUGUCACGUCUCAGCUACACAUGAUACUGCACUUCAGAUUCACGAUGGCUGUGAUGUGUAAUAUCAUGGUUUAUGUCCUUUAGGGGACCUGACUCUCCUUUUUGAGAAACAUUUUAUUAAUGAGCUAUAAAAUGGCUAGUGUGGGGUUAGCAGAUGGAACAACUUGAAGUAAGCCAUCCAGUAUGCCCAGCACUAUAAUGUAACCACCUUAUUUUGUGACAGAGAAAGAGAAAAUGUAAUAGUAGGAUCAUAUUGCAUCAUUUGAAUAAUUUUGAACUAUCAAAAUGUCCUUGUAAUUUCACAGCUGUUGUCCAUUGUUUGAGGAUGUUAUCUACUAAACUGAAAAAAUUAAUUCCAUACCUUCUACAUUUACACCAGCAACAGUAUGAAUGGAAGCGUAAAUUUGCAAAAUUCAUAAUAAUUUAGUAAUGACAUUUUUAAUAACAUGCAGUAUAUAAUUGUGCAGAUUUUAUGCGUGUUGACAAAAUCAUUUUUCAGCUUGCAAAAUGGGACUGCAAUAUGACAUUUUUCACUUCGGCAAUUUUUUUACAUCUAUGUUGUUGCUUUCUAUAAUGAAUGUGAAUGCCAUCUUUUAUGAAUGCA